CCAGUGAGUGUCCUCCUAUAUUAUUUGAACUCUGAUCAACAAGAAUAUAUUUUCUCAAAGCCAUGGAGAUAUUCAGUUACAAGGAAAUAGAAGCUGCAACGAAAGAGUUUUCACUGUCAAGAUUAAUAGGUAAAGGAAGCCAUGGAUGUGUUUACAAAGGAGUUCUCAAAGGUGGAAAGGUAGUUGCUGUCAAGAAACCUUCAAAGGGUCUUCAAAUCCUUCAGGAUAACACAAAGCUCGACAAUGAAAUCGACAUACUAUCGUCUCUGCCAAAGACUCAAUAUAUUGUGAACAUCGUUGGAGUUAGUCACGACGUGUUAACUCGUAAGAAACUUCUUGUUAUCGAAUUCAUGUCUAAUGGUUCUCUUCAUCAUUCAUUGCAUAAUAACUCGGCUAACCCACCAACCUGGUCGAAACGUGCAUUUAUAGUUCUUCGGCUCGCAAGGGCUAUACAGAUACUACACGAUUCGAAACCUUCUGUUAUUCAUAGAGAUAUCAAAUCUUCUAAUAUUCUUUUUGACUCCAACUGGAACCCUAAAUUAGCUGAUUUUGGUCUGUCAGUUAGACUUGCAAAUGAUUCUGAGUCACUGAGUUAUAGUCCGAGUCAACCUGCUGGUACAAUUGGUUACUUGGACCCGAGUUACACCACACCUUGUAAACUGAGUACAAAAAUCGAUGUGUUUAGUUUUGGGGUUGUGGUUUUGGAGAUUUUUAGUUGUAGAAGAGCUAUAGAUGUAAGCAUGGAAACAUCUUCGAUAGUCGAAUGGGCGUUGCCGUUGAUUAAAAAUCAGAGGGUGGCUGAGGUUUGUGAUUCAAGAAUGGGGUUAUUACCUUCCAAUAUGGUUGGAAGGAUACAAUGCAUGCUUAACAUUGCAGCUCGUUGCGUUUCAUCAGAUGAGAAUUCUAGACCAUCAAUGACAGAGAUUGUAACCGAGCUGGAAGAUUGCAUCGUCGAACGAGUCCAUUUCCCAAUCUGGCAAAGUCUUUUUCCGAUAUAUUGUAUGAUCAGAGCCCGAAACCGGGGGUCGAAGACAACUACUAUUAAGUGUAGAAGAUAUCCAGAAGAUGUUUCUCGAGGGAGUAAGGUAUUAUCAGUUAGAGACAUAUUAGAUGAGGAGGAGGAGCUAGAAAGUUCACAAACUCUGUAGAAUUUAUGAAUCGGGUUGACUCAGUGAGUCGAGAUUUGAUCAACUCGGGAAUGAAAGAAAGAACCAAUCUGCAAGGACGGAGUCCAAAUAGAAGAAUCUAAUAAAGCAGUUGGGUGCGGAAUUCUACAAAGCUGCUUUCUUUUCUUUGUUAAUUUAAAAUAGAAGCUGCUCCCUCCCCUUCCCUUUUGUUAAAUUCCAAGUGGCUUAUACUUCACUUUCACUUUUUUUUUUCUUUUUUCUACUCAAUUGUUUUUAUUUCUUCAAUUAUAGAGUUAAUUAAAGAUGAAACUUAUGUAGAUUAUAUUAUGAUUAUGACAUUUGUAUAAGAAAAAUGUAUGAUUAAACAUUUAUAAGAAGUUCCCGGAAGUGGACAACAUACUUUGGUAUGAACAGCA